AUGCCAUACUUCAUAUAUGACGACGUUGACACUUCUGCCGACGACUCUUCCUCAACGCAUUCCCGAGAAGUCAGUGGCAUUCUUAACCCCGAGGACGCCUAUGCUGGGGACACAGAAGACAUUAUAGAGGAUGGAUACUGGCCUGAAAUUGACGACGAGUGGCUUCCCGACGGCAAACGUUCUUCGACUCCCCAAGGCCGUGACGACGAUGCCGUGACGCUUCAGCCCUGUGACCUCCUGCCCUGGGAAAAUGACGAAAUAGGCCUUGUACAAGAUGAACGAGGAAACACCCUCGGACGGCUGCUAUCUCCCUCUGUGGAUACUUUGGCCAAAUCUCGUGGCUUUACAGUCACAAUACCCGAGAGCACCCUCGUCCACCCCGUCUCCAGUUUCCCUGGCUUCUGCGCACCCGCGCCUGAGAGGAAGGAAAAGAGUGCCGUCGAAGCACUGCUGAAGAACGCCGCCUCGCCGUCCAGUGACGACUUCUUUGAAAUUGAACUCGGUCAAUUCGUUGUCUACAGGCACUCGCUGUCUGAUCGCAACAAGCCUCCCCAUCAACGACAAUACCCGUACGAGAUGCGCCCACUUCAGACACUAUGCACUAAGGACGCCCACAGCACUCUUUAUGCUGACGGGAUACUUUCUUGUGGAGAUGCCAAAUUUUUCGUGCGUGGCAUCGCCUUUGGAGACCUACCUCUAGGUAAUUAUGGUAUGGCCAAGCCGACUGUCGGUGACCGGAUCUGGAUCAGCUCCACGCUCAACCAAAGGAUCGGCAAGAAGAACAUAUACUACAAACUCACGACACCCGCCAAGGAGUAUGCGCGCUAUUAUCAUGGUUUCCUGUGGAUCGCCGACCUGGCCAAGCACGUUGUCGAUUACAUGGCUGUCGCCGGCGACAAGAAGCGUCGCGUAGAAUUUAGACAUUUCAAGUCCCAUUUCCACAGAUGGCUCAUUCAGGCCCAUGGCCGCAACGCCGUGUUCAAUCGAUGGUUGAACCAAUAUGGGAGGACAGACUUUCGCGUGGCCGUCAACGCCUACAGUGACUUCAUUUACAAAGAGGCUCACGGCGUCCUCACCUCCCAGCAGGUCUUUUUUCACACGUUCUGGAAGGAGAUCAAGACCUACACGGCUUAUAAGCCGUAUGGUCUGGUACACAACGACGCGUCUGGCCGUGUUUCAGCCGGUCAAUCCCCCGAGGCCGAGGAGUCCAGGUCUGGUAGGUUUGACGGUGCCUCGCCAUUGCCAGGAAGCAAUCCGAGAGCUCAAGAUGGCAAAAGGAGCAGCACACCUCCACUAACCGUCGUGACCCCCUAUAUCUACGAUUGCUUUGCUCACAUGCCCUUUGGUCAUCUGCUCGAAGAGGUCAAUCUCAGCCAGCAGACAGAAAAGCUUCGAACUGCACUGAUCGAACAGCAACAUCUUCAGCCAGGCAAUCACAUGCUCCAUUCGGCCAGGCACCUCGACACGACAAAGGUUGUUCGAGCCAAAGGACUGCAACGCGCAGUAUGUGUGGGCGAUGUAAUCUCGACGCCACGCGACGAAGGCCUAGACUCAAAAUGGAAGCGUGAGGUGGCCGCGGGGUUUGACGACGUCGACCGCUGGCUUGGCCUUGUGCAGAGAAUACACGUCAGCAAAGCUGGUACACGCUCAUUCGACGUAAUUUGGAUAUAUCGCCCCGUCGACACUAUUUGCGGGCAGAUGAAGUACCCCUGGGACAACGAGCUAUUCCUCUCUGACCAUUGCUCUUGCUACGAUAAGCACGACAAAAUCGAGGAGGGAGAGGUUCUAGAGAUUCAUACGAUACAAUGGGGUGGCUCGCCGACCUCCGCCGUCUUGUUUUGCAGACAGACUUACCUGCACGAGGAGCAUCGGUGGAUCACGUUAAAGGAGGAGCAUAAGACCUGCUCUCAUCGUGCACCACGGGUCGUCGACCCUGACAACUAUCGCGUGGGAGAGACAGUGCUCGCUCUCCUCGACCCGUCCGGCAAGCGACUUGAGCCGUGUGAGCUUGUCACGGCACCGAGAAAGCCGGGCGUAAAAAUUCAGCUUCGUAAACUAUUGCGAAGAAUAGAGGUCGACCCAUACAGCCAAGCACGCCCAAACGAGCUCGUCUACUCGGACGAAAUGUACAGCGUUCUGCUGGCAGCAGUCUACGGCCGUUGCCUCGUACGUUAUUACGGCCCAGGUGAGGCUGUACAGACGCCCUACGAUCGAGACGGUGUGGGCAACGCCUUUUAUAUAUCCACCUACUUGCAAAAUACGUCGGGGACGAAGACGUGCGAGCCCUUCAGCCGUGAGCGACCGUUUCCAAAGACGUUCAGGCAAGGCAUGGAUCCUUCGGAGGGUUUCACCAAGCUGGAAGGAUUCGACCUGUUCUGUGGUGGUGGUAACUUUGGGAGAGGACUCGAGGAGUCAGGCGCCAUAGAGAUGCGGUGGGCCAACGACAUUAACAUGCGGGCAGUCCAUACAUACAUGGCGAACCUCGACGAUCCCAGCCGCGUGAGCCCAUUCGCAGGCUCCAUCGACGAUCUGACGACCCCCAACCAGCGGAAGAACCAGUCACUCGUCGCGGCAUUCGCCUCCUUCAUCGACAUCUACCGGCCGAAGUACGGGCUCCUCGAGAACGUCGUCGAGAUGAUUCAGGGGCGCAAGACACGCGAGGAAGAUGUCUUCUGCCAGCUCAUAUGUGCCAUUGUCGGAAUGGGCUACCAGACGCACUUCUUUCUGCUCGACGCCUGGACCUUUGGCUCUCCGCAGAGUCGCAGCCGCAUUUUCUUCGCCUUUGCCGCGCCGGGCUUGCGCCUACCCGAGGUGCCCAUGCAGUCGCAUCUGCCCCUGGCGAUGCGCUCACGGUCCCUGGGACUGCUGUCCAACGGCGAGCCGAUGCUCCGCAAGACCUUCAUGCCGACGGCCUUCGCCUCCGUCACGGCGAGGCAGGCGCUCACCGACCUGCCUGACAUUGCCGACGCCAAGGCAGACUGCUGCAUCCCGUUUCCGGACCACCGGCAGAGCAUCGGCGUCACGCGGCUCCUCCGUCCACAGCUCAGCUGCAUGCCCACCCGACCGUGGGGUCUCAACCUCAGCACGGCAUACAACAAGGGCCACGGGCCCAUUACGGCGGCGGAGAUGAGCCUGUACCCGCAGGCGAAACGCCAGGGACCGUCGUCCAAGGCGUUUGGCCGUCUCCACCCGGACAAGCUCAUGGGCACCAUCACAACGACGCCGAGCCCCAGCGACGGGUACGGCCGGGCCGUGCUGCACUGGGAGCAGAACCGCAUCCUGACCGUCAUGGAGGCGCGACGAGCGCAAGGGUUCCGCGACCACGAGGUCAUACUGGGCACGCCGGCCGAGCAGUGGAAGACUGUCGGCAACAGCGUCGCGAGGGAGGUGUCGAUAGCGUUGGGCCUCUCGUUCCGCGCGGCGUGGCUCGGGUCCCUGAUCAAAGGUGACGAGCACCUGCCACUGCCGAGGCACAUUGUGCGCCAGCCGAGAAUGAGAGGCGUCGAGGUAGAACAGGCCAAAACACAACGACAGCAGCCGCAAGCCGACGCCGAGACGACGCUGGUUCGGCGCAAGAGGGGAGACACGCCCGAUACACCCCUCCUCCCCCCCGUCGUCGAGCGGUCUACCGUAACGGAUGUCUCGCACAGCUACCCGACGCCAGGGAAACACGGCGCCAUGCGCAGGGUCAUCACCCCGCGGAGGACGAGCAGCAGACGCUCAUCCCCCACGGUCGCGCACGGCAUGACAGCGUACGACCCGCACGACGAAUCCAUCUUCGGCUCAGAGACAGUCCUGCCGAUCCGCAAGCCUCGCGGGAACAACGAGCGCGCAACAGACUGGCGCGGCCGCCGUGCUGUUGACGAGACGUACGCACCGUCUUCGGACUAUGAGUCCGAGAGAACGACGACAACGUCUCAGGAUCCCGAGGUGUGGACGCCCGAGCCGUCACGCGACUUGUCAACCACGCCCGCGACGUCCGUGGAGGGAGAUCCUCGUGUGGAUUCAGCUGCGUCGGCGCGGACGAGGCCGGCCAAUUCGGUUAUUUUCAAGUUAUUCGCGAGCAAACGUAAGACGGCGGGAGAGGACAAGCGAGAAGCAAAGAGGACAUGUCUGCCCUAG